AUGAAUGUGAGGCCACAGAUAAUUGGCACUUCUUCCAGAGCAAAUGUUACAUUGGAAAAAUGGCUGGUGGCAAAAAAUUUUGCUGAUCUUGAUAAGAUGGAGAUACCUACUUUUUACAAGAGCAAAAAUCCCUUCCCUCUUGAGUCUAGUCUGAAAGCCAGGACUGAUAAAAAGCACUUGCUGUCUCACCGUGACAUAGUCUCCAUAUUGAGAGCAGAAGUGCCUGCGAUGUACCAGAAAGGAACAUACCACUCCAUGAGGCACUAUGAACAAUACCAGAAGGGAUGCCUCAAGACUCUCGCCAAGGACUUUAAUUUUUCAAAAGACGUGGUAAAGCACAGAGGGUCAGCAACCCUGUCUUAUAAAGAAUGUGAUCGGAAGCAUGUAUAUGAUUAUUCUGACAUCGUUCACAAAGAAAUACCUACUAAGAAGCCAAAGGAGCCAAAUAGGCUCAAACCGUUGAAGGAACUGCCUCCCUUGAUUCAAACUGACCCUGUCCCUCCCAAGCAGACCACUAACAACCUUCCUUUCUCCUUGGAAGAGUGUAUCUGGAAAGCCAAGCUGGAAAGCACCCUUGCAGCGCCAUCUUUGCUGGUACCCAUCCCUCCCGUGUCGCCUCCUCCUCGUGAUUCACCUUCACAGACAUUCCUGACGGAACCUCAUGACAUGUUGGGGACACAAAGGAUGGCCACAGGAUGGCCCAAAAGAACACCCCAGGGCAUCACACUCCAUGAGUCAGGGGCUAAGGACUUGGGAUGGGAAGAAAGCCUACUGACAAAGCUGAACAAGGCUACAGCUCAAUGGAUUGUGAACAGUCAGUCAUCCUGGGGAGGCUGGGUUCAGGGAAAGCUAAAAGGUUUCAAGAAACAAAAAUAUGACUGGGAGAGAAUAAGAUAUGUGCUUCCUUCUGAAACUGAUGUGAAGUUAUUGGAUGAAAUUAAGGCAGAGGAAGAUGGAGUGGGUGUUCCGAGUCUUGGAAAAAAGAUAUCAGAGACACCUCUCCCUGUCUAUUAUAGGGAACCUUUUUUCCACAAAGGAGGGCUGUGUAGAGAUGACCCAACUGUGGACAACAGUACGAGUGAAAUACCACAGCCGAGUCCCAAACUGGUGACUCCUAUUAAGCGUCGGAAACGGCUGAACUCCCAGGUUGGAAAAUACUCAUACACCACCGAGAAUGUUUUUGAACAAGAGCUCUAUUUUGGGACAGCUAAUAUUGUCCAUCAAGAGAUGAAGAAAAGUCACGUUGUUAUGGAUAAUCGUGAUGAAUACUGUAAACACCUCCUGCCACAGUACCCAAGACCUCCAGAACUUUGGAGUUUCAGGCCACCCAAAAAGACAACUUAUAGAGUGCAGAAGGGAGCCAACCACUGGGCUACACUACCCACAAUCAUUGAUAACUUUUCCAGGCUUGGCCAAGCAGAUUCCCUCGUAGUGCCUGGAAGAAAGAGAGAACCGCUUAGACAGUAUGAAAGAAAGUUGUCUGAAGAUUUAUGUAUCCGUAGGACUAUGUUGGAACAGUGGAAGGCUGAUUGGAAGUUGGAUCCUCGGUGGCCAUCAGCAACUAUAGAAGGAUUAAUGAGGGACCUCAUAGAUGUGCAUGUUCCAAAUCGGAUCAAUGCUAUAAUUACCUGCGCAUCUGCUGUGCUUGACCGGCCCCAGAAAACCAAACGAGGAAGUCAGGAGUCAGUUAUAGGAAUAGAAACAAAGACAUCAGAAAUCCCAGAUAUACCAGUGGGAAUACAGCCUCUGCUUAAAAAUACUCUGUUUGAUACGGAUGCUCAUGUGAGAAUGGCUGCUGCAAUAUGCCACUAUACCAUAGGGGAGAUGUCUCCACAAGCACGGAUCAUUGUGAAGAAUGCUUUGAUACAUGGAAAUUCUGCAGACAGCUGGGCAGCAGCCCAGUGCCUGGCACUGGAGGGCAUUGGCACUUUCCAAGUUGUGAAAAGGAUCAUUUCUCAAAUUUUUGAACAAAAGGAUGAUGCCACAGAAGAGCAGGCUUGUCUUUUGUUAGCUCAGCUCAGCAGACGAACAGGCUUGGUUCAAUGUUUACUGGCUUCUGAACUGAAUAGCUACCAAUGGAAACGCAGGGUCUUAGCCUGUAAAACGUUCUCUCGUAUUCCUGGAUCUGUCAGCCAGGAUCUCAAGAACAAAUUUGUUCAGCUGAUGUGGACAGAUUGGAAGUUUGAUGUAAGACAGGCAGCUGCCUGGGCUUUGGGGUAUUUGGCGCUUGGGAAAGAAGUCCAUGACCAGCUCAGGGUGAAGCUGAAAAGAGGAGAUUGCCAGACGAGGGUGGAAGCUCUGACAUUGAUUGGCUGGGUGAAACUCAUGACAGCCAAGCUGCUCCCUAGUUUUCUUCAUUGUUUCUCCGAUGACUUUGUUGCUGUCCGAAAGGAAGCCUGCCAGACAGCUGGAGCACUCAGGAUUAAAGAAGACUCAGUGCUUAAAUGCCUUUUUAAGAUAAUGCAGACUGAUCCCCUCUGCAAGAUCAAAGCCUUCGCCAUUAGAGCUCUGGGGCAGAUAGGUGAGGCAAGUCCCCAGCUAGAAGAUCUUCUUCUCUGGGCUGUUCAUUAUGAAGAGGAUCCUGGAGUACGAAGGGAAGCCUGCCGUAGUAUCAUCACCCUCAAGAUGCAGGAUGAAAAAGUUCGGACUACUUUACUGGAGAGAAUGAUAAUGGAACCAAAUGAGAUGGUCAAAGAAGAGGUGAAUCGUGCAGUGGUGACGUUUAAUUUCCAGCAGGAAGAGGAACAUGAGAUGAUUCAACUGAUCAAGAACAAGAUUACUACAUUAAACCAAAAAAAUCUGGUGAUCCAAAAAAUCCAGAAACUUAAAGAGGUAACAGAGAGGACAUGGCAUGAAGCUCACCGCAUUUAUCGUGACAAAGAUGAUCCCUUUAUAUACAGAAAUCUUUGUGAGAUCUUUCUUGAUGCUCUUAAAUAUACUCCAACAGGCAUCUCUGCGAGGAUCAAUCACAUCAGAGUUCACGACUCCGGUGUAUUCCAGAUAGUCCAUCGUGAGACCCUGGCGAUACUCUACAUCCUCCUCGAUGGCCAUCUGCAAAGCUGCAGGAAGGAGUUUUUCCAACAGGUCUCCCCAGGAGUUUCUCUGGAACGAGGAGACAGUGAUGUGGAGCGAAUGGGCUUCGGGGAGCUGGAUGACAAACGCUUCAAUGUCAUCGUAAUGUGGAGCAAAGCCCUGGCUGGCAGCUGGGGUCAGGUAAGUGUUGGCUCCCACCAUGCUGCCAAACCGCUCCUGCAAGAGAGAAAGGACGUGCCAGACGGUGGCAGAAAAGGCCUGGGGGUUCAGCAUCCGGAGCGAGCAGCCGUGCCGGUAGAAAUCCCACACCACGGCCGGCAGGGCCCUGCCCACCGGGUUGUGCGUCUCCCUCUUCCCGUCUUCGUAGCUGGUCACGUCCAAGUUCACCCCGAACCGGACCUCCUGGUCGCGCAGGAUGGCAUCGAACUCGGCGGUGGAGAAGAGCCCCCCGUAGUAGGCGGGGUGGCGCCGGCGGACCAGCAGGGGCUGCUUCUCCCAGUGCUGCUCGAAGAACCGCCGCGGGGGGACGGGGGCGAUCAGCCACGCGAAGAGCCGGCACGCCGCCUCCCGGCUGUGCGGGGCAGCCCCCAGCUCCCCGAGGAGGCUCCGCAGCGAGGGCCGCCGGGCAGAGGCCCGCUCCGACGCCUGCUCCGCCGCCGCCGCCGCCGGGCUCCGCUCACGCUUCCCCGCAAGCGCCACUCUCGGGCUCGGCCAGGGCGCCGCGCGGCGGGAGCGCAGUUGCCCCCUCCGCCUCUUGGCCGGCUUCGCCCCUCCUGCAGCCGCCGCCGCCGCCGGGCGGGCGUCCCCGUUGGCGGCCCCUGGGGAGGCCGGGCCGGCCCCGCGGGCCCGCCGGCUCUUGACCUUCUGGUUCCCGGGGGAGGCCGGCGGCGGUUCUGGGCGCGGCGCCACCGAGCGGUAGGCGGAGAGGGCGGAGACGCGCGCGCUCAGCAGCUCCUCCAUGCCGCCGGCCCGGAUGCGCAGAGGCCGAGUCAGGCGCGCCGGCGCCACGCGGCCGGGGGCUUCCGGUUCCGGAAACCUUUGAUCGGAGUCCCACCAAAUCCUUGGACACAAAGAGCUUUCUUGGUAGCCUUGGAAGCAUACUAUGCUGAGAGGAAGCAUGUGCUAAGAAAGAGGGAACUCCUACAGUGAAGAAGAAAAAAUCCAGAGUCACCAAAAAGAGUGAAGAAACAUCACCCACUGUCCGUUUUGUCGAUCCUUUUCCUGUGGGAAAUAAGCUGUUCCUUCAUCUUCGAUAGCCCAACCGGCUUUGACCAGAAAUGUUCCACUAUUCUGGAACACAUUUCCCGAAUGUGUCAGAUCCCUUCCGUCCUUGCAUUUUGA